CCCGGACUUUCGACGCUCUCGCUCCUCGCACCGAGGGGGGCACCUUUCGCUCGACCCCAACCUUGGACCACCUAGUGACGGCUACCGAUGCGCCCGGCUGGUUCAUGACUUGCCGACUCCUUGGCCUGCGACCGAGCGAGCAGAGAGACACCGCCCUUUCCCCCUUCUCCUACUGCCGUACAUCCUCCAAUUCCAUCAUCAGUACAGUAAACGAACGAAUCCUCACAUAGCGAAGCUACCCCCCUCCACCUGCGGCCAACCUCCUCCGAUCGAACACAUCCCGACGACCAACCACAAUCAGAUAUCCGCGCUGCCUGUUCUGCGCAAAACAUAGACGGCCAUCAUGUUUGACAUUUUUGCGCACUUCCUCUCCUCCGUCGCCUCCUUCCUCUUCCCUCUCUUCGCCUCCUACAAGGCCCUCAAGACCUCCGACCCUGCCCAGCUCACGCCAUGGCUGAUGUACUGGGUCGUCCUCGCCUGCGUCCUCCUCGUUGAAUCCUGGACAGAGUGGUUCCUCGGCUGGAUCCCCUUCUACGCCUACCUGCGCCUCUUCUUCCUCCUCUACCUCGUCCUGCCCCAGACCCAGGGCGCCCGCCUGCUGUACGAGACGUACGUCCACCCGUUCCUUGAAGACAACGAGACCCAGAUCGAGGCCUUUAUCGCCGACCUCCACGAUCGCGCCAAGGCCGCCGGCAUUUCUUAUAUCAAGCAAGCCAUUGAGUUCAUCAAGACCAACGUAUUUGGUCUGCCCCCAAGCCCCCCCGAGCCUGAGUCCCCGCGUGCCGCCUCCUACGCCCCGCAGUCCUAUACCCAGUCUCUUCUCGCCCGGUUUAGCGUCCCGAACGCCCGCUGGGCGCCGCCGCCGCAGCCCUCCUCCGCCUCGGGCAGCACCGGCGGCGACUUCUACAGCCUCCUCGCCGGCGCCGUCUCCGCCGCCACCCGGUCGGCCACGAGCCCCGGCUCCGGUUCUGGUGCUGGAUCCGGGGCAGACGCACACCGGGGUGGUGGCGGCGGCGGCUGGGGCGGUCUGAUCCCCUCCAAUCUGACGGGCGCGACAGAGAAGAUGUCCUUCAUCGCCGCCCAGCGCGAGCGCCUCAACGUCGUCUCGACGGGCUCGACCGCGAGGCCCAGACGCUGCAGCGUGAGGAGACGCUGCGCGCGCGCAACGCAGAGGACUACCUGCGCCCCGGUAGCAUCAGCCUCGACGGCGAGGGCUACGCGUGCGAGAGGCCCGUGA